UGUUAUCAUCAUGAGGGAGUACAGGUAACAUGUUAUCAUCAUGAGAGAGUACAGAAGAUCCUCCUUCAGGAGACGCUCCUCCUGUUCUUCCUCUCUUUCAGUCCCUUCAGUAUUGCAGUGUUUCUGACGGGUGCAUGAUCUCUGAUCUUUAUUCAUCUCCUCGGCUCAGGCCUCUCAGACUGGUACCUCACCUCUGAGCCUCGGAGGCCUCCAGCAGACAAAAUCGCUCUUAUUCUGAAAACCCGCCUUGCUUCCUGUCAGUUUCUGGUCCGUCUCGUCUGUGAGCUGAGGAUCUGAAACACAUUCACACAAACAGACCUCCUUAAAAUUUUCAAUUCAGAUCCAAUUAAGGUGUCUCUGCUGCAGGAAAUGACCUCAUCAGGAUCCCGCCUCCCAGCAGCAGGACUCCUUUCAUCCUGCCCACAGGACCUGGUACCGGUUCACUCUUUCUCUUAAACUAGAGAGAGACAGAGACAGAAGAGGUGAUUACCGGCUCCCUCCUGAGAGGGUAAUUUACGCUCCUCGUGUCCCCUCGACUCCUUUCUCCGACACACUGAGUAACUCUGACUGAUGUCCGCCUGCUCGAGUGUCUCAUACAGACAAUCAGUGUCCGGAGAACUCACAGUGGGGGGGCUUGUACUAGAGUCAGAAACAAACAUGGAGGGAGAGAAUGAAACUCUGAGGAGACAGGUUCUUCUCGGCCUCCGGAUGUUGGACAUUACUCUAUCCAAUCAGAGACUCUACAGAGCCAGAACUCUGAGGGACCACUGAGCGCCGGUUCCACAGAGACCACCGAGGUCCGGAGAACACACAGCCAGUUGGUGUCGUUCUAGAGUCAGAAACAAAGGGGAAGGGGAAUAAGAUUCUCUGCUGAUGAUCUGAAGGUCCUGCUCAGCCCUGGGAUGUUACCGGAGCCCCUUCUUCACGUCCACUGAAUGCCCCCCAACUCAAAGACACUGUAGGACGUCGCUCUACCGGAUCAGAGCCAGAAUUCUGAGGGACGUCCGACUGAGCGCCGGUUCUUCAUAGAGGGUGUGUUCUACAGAGAGGGUGGGUGUCUGGAGUCAGGAACAGGCCUGGUCCUCCUGAUCAUGGAGCCUCCUCACUAUCAACAUGAGAGGAAAUGUUCCUGAACAGUGGGGGGAGUUAAUGCACUCUCUCUACGGUUGGCUGGUACUCCCCCUCCUCCCUCUGUCCUCACACACACCUCUCUCUUUCCUCUCACACACCUCUCUCUCUCUCUCUCUCUCUCUCUCUCUCUCUCCUCACACACUCUCUCUCCUGUCCUUGUAUAGGCAGGCCCCGCCCCCAGUUGUGAUGUCACCAGGCGGAGGAAGACCCAGGGGUUUUUGGGUUUUGGCUUCCAGUCCUGUGGGGCCGCAGGGCUGAGAGUUUGUCCUCCAUCAGAUCCCGUGCUUCUCCCCCUCUCCUCCUCUUCUCCUCUUCUCUUCUUCUCCUCUCCUCUCUUUGGGGAAAAGAAAAAAGACUGUUCCUCGAUUCUCCGUCCGACUCUGCUCCUCGUCCUCUGAGGAUUUUAUUUCUCUUUUUUCUGCUCCUCCUCGCCACUCGGUUCUGGCAAGACUUUAGAGUUUAAUAAAACGCUUUAAGGAAAAAACAGACGUUUAUACAUUUAGAGAAACGAGAGAAUAAAAUCUGAAAAGUUCAUCCUGAAAUAAAACCGUCUUCUUCUACCGACUCUCCGUCCGUACGAUCCACGACUUUUCAUCCUUCUUCUUCUUCUUCUUUUCCUCUAGUUUUUUAUUCUCCAGAAUUUGUUUUUCUGCUUCUCUUUUUUCUGUCGUUUUUUCCUCUUGUUUUUUAUUUUUCCUCCACAUUUUCUUCUUCUUCUCUUGUUUUCCUGCAGCUUUUGAGUUUUUUCCUGCAGUUCUUAUUCUCCUUUAGCUGUUUCUAAUUCUCUUGAAUCCCCCCUGGUCUCGGGGCCAGAUGUUUGGGAUCCAGGACUCACUGCCCCCCCGCGGGGCCACGUCGGGCCUGAAGGAGGAGCCGCUGUCCGUCCGGUCCUGGAUGCACUCGUCCGGCGUGGUGGACGCCAACACGGCCGCUCAGAGCGGGGUGGGGUUAGCCCGCGCUCACUUUGAGAAGCAGCCUCCGUCUAACCUGAGGAAGUCCAACUUCUUCCACUUCGUGCUGGCGCUGUACGACCGGCAGGGGCAGCCGGUGGAGAUCGAACGCACCACCUACGUCGACUUCGUGGAGAAGGAGAAGGAGCCAGGCGGAGAGAAAACCAACAACGGCAUCCAUUACAAACUGCAGCUGCUCUACAGCAACGGCGUGAGGACGGAGCAGGACCUGUACGUCCGGCUGAUCGACUCGAUGACCAAACAGGCCAUCGUGUACGAAGGUCAGGACAAGAACCCGGAGAUGUGUCGGGUUCUGCUGACUCAUGAGAUCAUGUGCAGUCGCUGCUGUGAUAAGAAGAGCUGCGGGAACAGAAACGAGACGCCGUCAGACCCUGUCAUCAUCGACAGGUUCUUUCUCAAGUUCUUCCUCAAGUGUAACCAGAACUGUCUGAAGAACGCUGGGAACCCCCGAGAUAUGAGGAGGUUCCAGGUGGUAGUCUCGACCACAGUGAAUGUGGACGGACAUGUCCUCGCCGUCUCCGACAACAUGUUCGUUCACAACAACUCCAAACAUGGCCGCCGGGCCCGUAGGCUGGACCCGUCUGAAGCAGCCACCCCCUGCAUCAAGGCGAUCAGCCCGAGUGAGGGCUGGACCACGGGUGGCGCGACGGUGAUCCUGAUCGGGGACAACUUCUUCGACGGGCUGCAGGUGGUGUUCGGCACCAUGUUGGUGUGGAGCGAGCUGAUCACCCCCCAUGCUAUCCGGGUGCAGACGCCCCCCCGUCACAUUCCGGGGGUCGUGGAAGUCACGCUGUCCUAUAAGUCCAAACAGUUCUGCAAAGGAGCGCCGGGGCGCUUCGUCUACACAGCUCUGAAUGAGCCGACCAUCGACUACGGCUUCCAGAGGUUACAGAAGGUCAUCCCCCGUCACCCUGGAGACCCCGAGAGACUGCCCAAGGAGGUUCUCCUGAAGAGAGCAGCAGACCUGGUGGAGGCUUUGUACGGGAUGCCCCACAACAACCAGGAGAUGAUCCUGAAGCGAGCGGCCGACAUCGCCGAGGCGCUGUACAGUGUUCCCCGCAACCACAACCAGAUCCCUUCGCUAGGCAACACCGCCUCGCACGGCAUGAUGGGAGUCAACUCCUUCAGCGGGCAGCUUGCUGUCAACGUGUCGGACAGCACGCAAGUGGGCUACAGUCGGACCACCAGCAGCGUGUCGCCGCGGGGAUACGUGCCCAGUUCCACGCCCCAACAGAGUAACUAUGGCAACACCGUCAGCAACAGUAUGAACGGCUACGGAAACACCGGCAUGCCCAACUUAGGAGUGGCCACUUCCCCCGGGUUCCUCAACGGGUCCUCCAACAACUCCCCCUACGGCAGUAAGUACCAAGUCGUGCCCUCCUCCCCCACCAUGGCGGUUUCUAACUGUAACUCGUCUCAUGGGGUCUUCUCCUUCUCGGCGGCGGUCAAACAGAAGAGCGCCUUUGCUCCGGUGGUCCGACCGUCAGCCUCCCCUCCCCCCAACUGCACUGGGAACAACAACGGACUGCAAGCCAUGUCUGGCCUCGUCGUUCCUCCCAUGUGAAACCACUUCCUGUCGCUCUGACUCCUCCCCUUCAGUCACGACCACCAAUCACCUCAGAGGAGGUGGGCAGCAGCCCACCAAUCAGGACAGAGCAUCCAUCAAACUUUGUCUCUGAUUGUAUGAAAAGAGUUUGACUGUCAAGUCAGUGAAGGAGCACGAACGUAAUUUCCAGAUGUAAGAUGCAUUGUACGAUCAUUUUGACUCUACGAUGUUUGAUUAUUGAACUCAACAGUGAGAGACUUUCCCAUCUCUGGAUGAUGACAUCAAAGCUGAGCUUGAUUCUGAUUGGCCGAUAAAGACACUCCAAUGAAAACGUUUGCAGGAUUUAAAUUCCUGAAACCUCAGCUGCUGUCGGCCAAUCAGAGCCCAGUGUUCAUGUCUGCAUGUGACUUGUGAGCGCACAGUGAAACAUCGUUAAAAGAAGAAUAACCAAUGAGAAUGAUCCACUCCCUGACCACGCCCCUCCUCCCUUUAGCCCCGCCUCGAACCUGUCUGUGUUUUGUUUCUUACUUGUGUUCUGUUCUGCUCACUCUGUGAAAUGAAUCCUGCAUCCUGAUAGGCUACUGGUAAUGUCUGUCUUCUUGUUCAGAGUUGUCUUUUUAUUCUAGCUCCUCCUCCUUCUCCCCUGCCCCGCCCCGCCCUGAGCACUUAAGCCCCGCCCCCACCCCUUUAAAUCCCCCUGUGAAGCUCUAGUUGACGGGCGGGAUGGUUACUGUUUCAUCUCGUGACUCUUCAGAUCUCUGAGUGGAGAUUGGUGGAUCAGAGCUAUGCUAACUUUGUAGCAUGUAUCUAACUGAAUGAGGACGUCCAAUCACCUGGACUGUGUUUGUUAGCCUUGUGUUUGGUGUGAACGCCCCCAACCCCCCCGAUGUGUUUUCGUGUGUUUUUUGCCGAAGUUGUAGCUGAGUAUUUAAAUGUCACUGUGGUUGAUCACGCCCCCCCCCGCCCGUCACUGAGCACACAGAGGGAUCUCUUUUGUACAGAUUAUAAAUAACGUAUUUAUAUCUCAGAGUGUUUUUGUAUCACUGUCGUCUUCUCCAUGGAGUUUUAAUGUGUAAGCGGUGGUGCCACGCAGGAAGCCAUUGUUUUCUAUCAAAAAAUGAAACGUUAAUGUCUUCACACAUUUACAGGGCUGUCAAUCAAAGCUGAUGGUCCAAUCAGCUCCACUCGUUUGUUGUCUGAAUGUAAAUCUUGUUUUAAUGACUGUCAAUGAUUUCCUCACAGUGAAUAAAGUC